CAUUGGAUGGUUGACUGGUCUCGCUCGUUGUGUUUGUGAUCAUUUGGUUAUAAUUAGUUGGAAAGUGAACAACGAUUUACGUGAUAAUGAAAUAUUAAAAAUUUUGUAAUGAAGAGUUGAUUCAUUGAAAACAGUUUAUUAGAAGAACCUAACAGCAAGUUAUUUAUUUAUCGUCCACCUGUCAUCGAGUGUUCUACGCGGAGAGUGGUGUUUUUCUCAGGCGGAGUGUGGUGUUUUUCUCAGGCGGAGUGUGGUGUUUUUAUCAGGUACAAUAAUGAUUUCAGAUGAGUCAAGCAGUGAUUCCGAAACAGGUAGAUUCAAAGGUCGAGCAAAGACCCAAGAUGAUAAAUCUACUAAUCAAAAGGCUGAUGAUUUUAGAGACUUGGGAAGAAGUAGACAAUCUGGAGCUGAUAGAUUUAAUAGAAAUUUUGACAGAAAAAGAGAAGAGCGAUCCCGCUCUGAUAGAUAUUCUAGAGAUAGAGAACGCGAACGUGAUAGACACAGGUAUUCUAGAUAUUCUCCUGUAAACAGAAGGAGACAUUCAAGAGAUAGAAGCCCAAACAGAAAAUCUCAUGAGAGUAGGAUCAGAGAAUCUAGUGAUAAGCCAAGGGUUAAAGAACAUAGAAGUAGUAGUAGAGAUAGACAUAAACAUUCUGGGUCCACCUCUCGAUCUUAUAUAGCUCAUGAUUUUAGAAAAGAAAAGGAAGUUAAAGAAGAUGUACGUCGUAAACCAGAUCACGAUAGAAGUCGUGAAACGUCCCUAAAGAAAUCAAAAGAAAAAUCAUUAUCUCCUGAUCAUAGAUCCAAGAGAUCUGAGAUAUAUAUUCCCCCACCUGCUGCUGCGCUAAAAAGAAAAAGUGAAAGCCCAAUAGUUAUUGAAGAGCAUGAUAGUGAUGCAUCUGCCGAAGUGCAGCCUGGCUCUUAUUAUAACAUGAUCCCAGCUGUUGUUAAGGAGAAGACCGAGGAAUCAAGUGAAAUUGAUUCUUCUGAUGAUGAGAGGCUAAGGGCAAAACUUUUAAAUUUAGAGAAAGAACUACAAAAAACAAAAAGGAAGAAACAUAAGAAAAAACACAAAAGAAAAAGUUCGAAGUCCAGCAAAGACAGGGAGAGGGAUGCUUCAGUAUCAGUAGAAGUAAGUAGCACAACUGACAUUGAUGUAAAAGCUGAUGUUACAAAAAACCAAACUGAGCCUGUAGAAGAUGUGGUGGUCUCUUCUACACAAAAAGGUGCUCAAAAAGAGAGUUGCGAAGAAGGCGAGAUAUCAAGUGAUGAUUCUCAGAGUGCAAUUGAAAUUGAUCCAACAGACUUGAGACACAAGUUGAGGCGCUCGGCUCCCAGGGGCGACGACAAGUCGGCUGUGGACGUGUGCGGGCCCGCGCUGCCGCCACAUUUCGAGAAACGGUUCGAGCGAAGCGCCUCACCAAAUACAGAGGGUCCUGCUCUACCACCCCACCUUAUCAAGAAUUCAAAAAAUAUAGGACCUUCUAUACCUGAUGAUAUGCGCAAAGUACUAGCUGAGAGAGAAGUCGUUAAAUACGAAAGUUCAGAUGAAGAUAUUGGCAUUGGACCUUUACCUGCUGGAUCAGAGGAAAAAUGGUCAGACGCACACCGGCGACUCGAAGAGAGAGCAUUGGAUAUAAAAAUAAGAAAUUUAGAUGGCCAUUCCGAUACCAGUAAGAUGAAAUCCAGGGAGCAAUGGAUGUUGGAGCUGCCUGAGGGCAAAGCGAAGAUUAUCGGCUUGGAGGCACGUAGCUUCAGAGCUAAGGAGGGCCCUGACAUGUCGGACAGGUCGAGUUGGACAGACACUCCAGAAGAGAAAGCAAGAAAAGCAGCUGGACUUAUGAAAGAAGAAGAUGUGGAAAUGUCCUUAAAACAUGAAGCGAGGAUGCGCCACAUCGCUUCCAGGGACGACGAGCAAGAAGCAGCCGUCAAAAAACAUAAAAAGAAACACAAGAGAGAAGAAAGCCUCCUAGAUUUACAUCAAAAGAAAUUGAAAAAGAAGAGAAAGAAGGACGAGAAAGAAGACGGCAAAAAGGAGCGUCGUCCAUUCAGUCGAGACGUGGAUCUUCAAGUAAACCGUUUCGAUGAAGCCCAGAAGAAAUCCAUCAUUAAAAAAGCACAAGACUUGAACUGUAGGUUUUCCAGAGGAGAAGCUAAAUACUUAUAGAGGUACUGGGAGGGAAUAGUAGGUUUAUACCAGUUCGGUAUGUAAAUGUAAGGACUUGUUCUACAUAAUUUUGUCAUCAACAAACAGUGAUCUGAUCUACUGUUUGAUAUGUACAAUUUUUACAGAUUUUGUACAAGGCACUUGUAAGGAAAAUAAUUAGGUAGAACAAUAUAUUUUCAUACAAACUUACCAACAAAUUGUUACUUUUGAAAUAAUUUUUAAGUAGUUUUUGAUGAAUCCCUAAACUUUACAGCGGAUUGUUUCAUUGUUGUAAUUAAUAUGUUCUUUGUGCAAUAAAAUCCUGGAAUCUUCUAGCCGUUUACCAUUUAGGUGCUUCGAGAAUUGUUUUAAUUUAUAAAAUGUUAAAAUUUUAGCAGUCUCGUUAAUGACAUAACUAUUUUCAAUGGUACUCAUGCACCCUAGAUGCCCAGUCUUUCGACUCGUAAACUAAAGUAUAUUAAUUGUAUCUAAUAAUAAAUUAUGAAUAAUUUGUUUUCUGUGUGUUUGAUGUAGCACACGUCCUUUAUACAAAGCGGAAUGAAAUAAGUGAAUUAUAAUAUUAAGCUGAACAUUAUUUUAGUUAACUGAAUUUUACUGAGGUAUGAACUUUUAGUUUUAUGUCCGUUUAGAAAAAUACUGUGGUAAACGAUGUUUCUUCUGACGUAUGUUACGAUCGCGUACAUUGCAUAAUAUUAUUUUAGUGAAACACGGCUACGUGGACUUAAUGUAUUAGCACCGACGGGCUCAGGCCUUUGUUUAGCCCUCACAAGCACUCGCACAGCGGACGAAUGUCAGUUAAAUUAAAUGAAAUAAGAACAUUAAAUUCGUCGAAGUAUGUAAUGCUAUUGUAACAACAACUAUGUUAUACAGAAGUUUAGUAUACAUUUAAUGUCACAUUGUACAUGUUAAUGUAUGUCACAAAUACUUAUUGAUUGAGGUUUAUAUGAACAUUAUGUAUCUCUUUUUGCGCGGUCAAUGGUGACAAAAAUCCAAAAUGUUUAUAUUAAUGUAACACACCUGUUAUCUUUGGCAAUGCUACCAAACCAUUGUUUAACUCCCGAUGCAUUAUAAUAACAAAUAUACGUAAGUACGCAAGUUGGAUAUAUUCCGUUCUGCCAAUACAGUUUGUAUUUCAAAACAUUUUAUUUCCUUGAAAUAAAUUAUGCAACCAUUAGUUUUAGAAGAGUUAAUUAUUUGCUGUGAAUGAAGCAGUUCGUGUAGCUAUUUUCAAUUUCGAUAUUUGAUUCUCUUGUCACAUUGGCCGCAUAUCCUCCUUUUAUUUCGUAAUCAUUGUUUUAAAUUGUAUUUUAUGUAGGUAAUUAUUAUUACGUAAGUGGGUGUGCGACAAAUGAAAAUGAUUCUUCUGGUUCAACAAGAACAAUGUACAAAACUAAACAUACAUGGCAGAAACUAGUUGUAAAUAUACGAUUUUACCCCUAUUUUGUGUUUUAUUCUAAUUAGAGGCGGAACCUUCCGCGACUGUAGGACGACAUUACAGAAAUUGCGGAA